AUGGGAGCUCAAGCAUCGAAAUCAACGAAGGAGAGUCAGCUUUCUCAUCUCAGCAGCGAGCAAGUUCGAAGAACAGAAAUGGAGUUGAUUAAGCUCACGAAAGGGAAUGUAUCUCCUAACAGCGCUCAGUUCGAGGAAGUCUACCAAAGGCUACAACCUGAAGUUGCGGCUAUUUACAAAGCAAUCGGGCAUGAUCAGUACACACUCUCAAAUGUAUUGCAAUUGGCUGAUGAUUUGUUUGGGGACGCGUCUGAUCAGUCUGCAGCGUUGCUGAAAAUUUUCGGAUCGAUUGCCAAGGCAGUGGCAGGGAUUGUUUCUAUCUAUGCGCGUCGUAAUCAUCUGAGCGUCAAUGAUUCUGCCGCAUUGCUUGAACACUUAAUGCUGGUUGCUCCUACCGACGAAUCCCGUUUUAAUAAGUGGUUACUGAGAAACCCGGUCAUUGGUCAAUUAAUUCUAAACGUAUUCUCUCCACUAAUAUUUGAAGAAGGUGAUUUCUCAUUAUGUUUACUUCAUCCACUACUAGCCUGCAUACCCGGUUGUGCCUGGCUAGUUAGCGGGUAG